CAGAAAACCUCUUUUCUUCGACCAAAAGCACCUUAGUCAACACAUACAGAGGAUCCCCCUUCGAAAUGGCUACCCGCAUCCAGUUUGAGAACAGCAGCGAUAUUGGUGUCUUUUCGAAGCUGACGAACAGCUAUUGCCUUACUGCCAUCCAAGGCAGUACAAACUUCUACUCUGCCUUCGAGAGUGAGCUGGGAGAUGUCAUCCCGAUCGUGCACACGAGCAUUGGAGGCACGCGAAUUAUCGGUCGCCUGACCGCAGGUAACCGACACGGCCUGCUCGUCCCCUCAACGGCAACCGAUCAGGAACUCCAGCACCUCCGGAAUUCCCUCCCGGAUUCUGUCGCGAUUCAGCGUGUAGAAGAACGUCUUUCCGCGCUCGGAAACGUUAUUGCAUGCAACGAUUACGUCGCGCUUGUGCAUCCUGACGUCGACCGCGAGACCGAGGAAAUUGUAGCUGACAUCCUCAAAGUCGAGGUAUUCCGGCAAACAAUCGCUGAUAACGUCCUGGUGGGAAGCUAUUGCGCCAUCACAAACCAGGGCGGUCUUGUGCACCCCAAGACGAGUGUGCAAGACCAGGACGAGUUGUCGAGUUUGCUUCAGAUACCAUUGGUGGCCGGUACUGUGAAUCGUGGAUCGGACGUCAUUGGAGCUGGUCUCGUUGUCAAUGAUUGGUGUGCGUUCACUGGGCUUGAUACCACCGCGACUGAGAUCAGCGUCAUUGAGGCUGCGUUCAAGCUGCAAGGCCAGAGCUCAACUGCGGUUAUUGGCGAGAUGCGGGACUCGCUCAUUGACAGCUGGGCAUGAGAUACCCUUCCAUAUCGCUUGUGUAUUCAUACUAUCCUUCUUUGGGCAUAACAUUAAUGCUGUUGCCGUCGAGCAUAUCGUCAUCG